AUGUCUCGAAUAACGAAAGUGAAUCCAUCAAAUAAUGCAACAACAUCAACAUCGUCUCCAGUUGUGAAUAAAAAAUCUCAAUCAUCGUCAUCGCUUAUAACGUUAAUGAGAUUAAAAAAUCAAAAUCGACGUCCAAGCGUAAAUUUAUCUGAUAAAAAUCUUUCAACAGUAUCAACACGUUUAACUGCAUCAAAAUAUGUUGCUGAACAACGUGCCAAAGCUCGAGAUAUUGUAUUGGGUUUACAAAAUAAAAAUAUCAAAUUAAUUGCUAUUGACUUUGAUAAUACAUUUUUAUCAAUACAUACAAAUGGUUAUUAUCAAGGGACAGCUGAUAGUCUAUUGAGUUAUAUAAGAUCAGCAUUUCAUUAUUUAAUUCAAGAACUUCUUGAGUCAUCAGCUUAUAGUCAAACACUUCAUGUUUGUUUUGUAUCAUUUUCAUCUCAAGAACAACUGAUAAGAAAAUUGCUUCAUUUAGCAUUUAAAACUUCCAAAACAGAUCGAAUUAUAAUUCGAUGCAAUACACCGGAAUUUGUUGCCAAUAUGGAUGAAGAUUUUCUUGGUAAAGAAUAUCAUUUAUCAUCUGUUGUUACCGAAAUUGCAACAAGAAGAAAUAAAACAAUAAAGCCCAAUGAAAUUCUUUUACUUGACGAUGAUGUACAAAAUAUUUUAAUUGCUGAAAAAUUCGGUCACAAAGUACUUGAAAUUCGUGAUGAAAUUAGUUUAGACAUUUUAAAGGAUUUUGUUUAUAAUAAUUUACCUGACAGUUAA